AUGCUCUCAUAUUGGCACUCUAAUAUGUGGUUUCUUUACUUUCUCCUUUGGCAAGUACUGUCAGUUGGCUGCUUGUCUAGAGAUACCUCCACAGCCACUGAGAUUGUUCUGUUUCCGUUUCCUGAAGGUUCCCCCAUCGAUGUUCAUAGUUCGACUGCCAGCGUAGAGUCCGACGCCCCUUGGUCUGAGAGUCCCUUUACGAAAGUAUGGAACGAUGACCAAGAAGGGGAUGAGGAGUCUACGACUGGCAACUUCUUUGGCAUCAUUUCAACGAUCAGUCUGGCUCCGCAGACUUCGUUGGAGGAUGCUUGGUCUUCGGAGACGGUGACCCAUGAGGACGAGACGGGCUUUUCUACGGUAACGUUGGUGGAUGAGGAUUCGACGACACUGUCGGAGACCGAAACCGCCAACGAGACAAAUGCCAAGACGACGUUCGAGAUACCGACGCUGGAAUUACCAUCGGUAUCUAGUUCGUCGACUGGUUCAAGCCACUCGUUCACGACAAUUCCGCGGGCCACUACAACCGCGGAGGAGUCGCCAACCCCAGAGACUACGACAGCUGUUCCUGGGACUGCUCCUGGUCUCUCCGCAGGCCAGAUAAUCGGCAUCGUCACAGGUACCAUAGCCUCUCUGGUGGUUGUCAUAGUGGUCAUCCUCCUCUUCCUGCUGUACCGCCGUCGCAAACACCAAGCAGCCUCCCGUCGGCCAACAAUCCGCCUAGUCGGUGGACCGGACCCUGAUCCUACGGAACGGGGUUCGCAAAUUUAUCUGCCAGUGAUGCAGCGGCAGGUCGUGGAUAGCAGAGAUCUGUUGGCCGGAGGUGUUCGGAGAAGUGGGUCCCCGUCUCGGCGCUCCGACCGGACUGUCUCGGAGCUGUCACCCAGCGAGGCGGCAGAAGGCAGGGACACGAUCGAUGGGAUAGUUGAUGGGUAUACUUCCAGUGUUUACAGUCAGCAGAGUGAACGAGGAGAGUCUCGGGGAGGUGCUAGGAGUUAUGCAGAUUUCAGUCAUUGA